AUGCACCGGGGCCCGCCCCUUCUCCGCCCACCACGCCCCGCCUCGCCCCUCACAGCCAGGCACAACAGAGAAGAAAAGAAAAGGCACAUUAGGUUGGGGGUCAUUUCCUCUGGAGUCGCCAUGCGCCUGCUUCUGCAAAACGCUUAUAGCUCUAUAAAAGAUACCAGGAAACUUCUAAUUAGCCUUUCCUCUCAUGCUGUGUGGAGGGAUGCUGACGACGACGCUCUCUAAUUUGCCUGACUGCCGUCCUGCCUGCCUCGCUCUCUCUCUGGCUUCAAUUGACAUGAGCCAGAACAGACAUUCAGUCAGACGUGUCCUGCUGGAAAUAGCUAUCGGCAGACAGGCAUGCACCAAAAUAGUGUUCAAUGAGAUUUGUAAUUGAGUCUUGAUAAUUGAUCAACUUGUCAUACAGUCCAUUCGGAAAGUAUUCAGAACCCUUGACUUUUUCCACAUUUUGUUACGUUACAGCCUUAUUCUAAAAUUGAUAAAAAUUGUUUUUUUCCCUCAUCAAUCUACACACAAUACCCCAAAAUGACUAAGCAAAAACAGGUUUUUAGAAAUGUUUGCCACCAUUUUUUAAAUAAAAAAGUGAAAUGUUACAUUUACGUAAGUAUUCAGACCCUUUACUCAGUACUUUGUUGAAGCACCUUUGACUACAGCCUCGAGUCUCCUUGGGUAUGACGCUAUAAGCUUGGCACACCUGUAUUUGGGGAAUUUCUCCCAUUCUCUGCAGAUCCACUCAAGCUAUGUCAGGUUGGAUGUGGAGCGUCGCUGCACAGCUAUUUUCAGGUCUCUCCAGAGAUGUUAGAUCGGGUUCAAGUCCAGGCUCUGGCUGGGCCACUCAAGGACAUUCAGAGACUUGUCCCGGAGCCACUCCUGCGUUGUCUUGGCUGUGUGCUUAGGGUCAUUGUGCUGUUGGAAGGUGAACCUUUGCCCAGUCUGAGGUCCUCAGUGCUCUGGAGCAGGUUUUCAUCAAGGAUCUCUCUGUACUUUGCUCCGUUAAUCUUUCCCUCGAUCCUGAGUAGUCUACCAGUCCCUGCCACUGAAAAACAUCCCCACAGCAUGAUGCUGCCACCACCAUGCUUCAUCGUAAGGAUGGUGCCAUGUUUCCUCCAGAUGUGACGCUUGGCAUUCAGGCCAAAGAGUUCAAUCUUGGUUUCAUCAGACCAGAGAAUCUUGUUUCUCAUGGUCUGAGAGUCUUUAGGUGCCUUUUGGCAAAUUCCAAGCGGGCUGUCAUGUGCCUUUUACUGAGGAGUGGCUUCCAUCUGGCCACUCUACCAUAAAGGCCUGAUUGGUGGAGUGCUGCAGAGAUGGUUGUCCUUCUGGAAGGUUCUCCCAUCUCCACAGAGGAACUCUGGAGCUCUGUCAGAGUGACCAUCGGGUUCUUGGUCACCUCCCUGACCAAGGCCCUUCUCCCCCGAUUGCUCAGUUUGGCCGGGCGGCCAGCUCUAGGAAGAGUCUUGGUGGUUCCAAACUUCUUCCAUUUAAGAAUGAUGGAGGCCACUGUGUUCUUGAGGACCUUCAAUGCUGCAGACAUUUUUUGGUACCCUUCCCCAGAUCUGUGCCUCGACACAAUCCUGUCUCGGAGCUCUACGGACAAUUCCUUCGACCUCAUGGCUUGUUUUUUGCUCUGAUAUGCACUGUCAACUGUAGGACCUUAUAUAGACAGGUGUGUGCCUUUCCAAAUCAUGUCCAAUCAAUUGAAUUUACCACAGGUGGAUUCCAAUCAAGUUGUAGAAACAUCUCAAUGAUGAUCACGGGAAACAGGAUGCACCUGAGCUCAAUUUCGAGUCUCGUAGCAAAGGGUCUGAAUACUUAUGUUUUAAGGUAUUUCAUUUUUUAAAAUGUUUAUUACAUUUGUACAAAUUUCUAUAAACCAGUGUUUGCUUUGUCAUUCUGGGGUAUUGUGUGUAGAUUGAUGAGGAUUUAUUUAUUUUUGAUCAAUUUUAGAAUAAGACUGUAAUGUAACAAAAGGGAAGGGGUCUGAAUACUUUCCGAAUGAACAUCGAACAAUAAUCUUUAUUCUAUUUCAAAUCUGAACCUCAAAUCUUCUUAACUUCCAAACUGCUUUUAACUUUCUUGACAAGUUCGAUGAUUAUUUUCUAGUCUGUGAAUUGCUUUGCUCAAGGUGAGCUAAUUUAUAUGUCAUUCAGGUCCAUAUCACUGCUGAAAUCUUAUUUACAUUUUAGUCAUUUAGCAGACGCUCUUAUCCAGAGCGACUUACAGUUAGUGAGUGCAUACAUUUUCAUACUGGCCCCCCAUGGGAAACGUACCCACAACCCUGGCGUUGCAAGCGCCAUGCUCUACCAACUGAGCUACAGGGGACUGUGAAAGGAAGGUAAAAAAUUUUCUCUUGAUUAACAUUAUUGUUUUGGUAAUAGUUCACCACCACCAUGGUAUGUGGAAUGGAACUGCCACGUAAUACUCCAUUCUUAGUUUUUCUAAGAUAAAACAAACGACUAACCGUUCCGUUAUUUUCAAAAGUCAGUGUUUAUCAGCUGUGCCGUCACUAAUGAAAAUCACUGCGAAACCAUGUUUGUUUUGCAUUUGAUUUGGGCCCGGGUUCAGAUGGUCAGAUGGAGAGUGCUCCAUGAGACACAGUGGCACGUAUGUUUGAACACAGGUACCCGGUAGGAAUGGAGAAUGGGGCUUUUUGAGGGUAGACCCUUUAAAGUUCCCCCAGUAGGAAAGAAUAAUAUAGGACCUUAUAAACACGGCCUCCACAUGAAGAGUGUUAUGGUUAGGGGAGCUUCAGGCCUGGGACUGGGGCAGCCCUCCCUCGCCCUCUUUCUCCCCCAGACCCGCCGUCUCCACCUCCACCCUCACCUCCGCCCUCCCUCUCUACCUUCCCCCUCUCUGCCCCUCUGUGUGUGUGUCUGUGGGCCUGGACAGGAGCAGAGGAAAAGGGUCCUUCAGCCUAGCGCUACACCAGUCCAGCACCACUUUCCUUUCCACUGCUCCACUACACACAGGAGCCAGAGCUGGAGCAGUCUGCCCAGCCGUGAGGGAAAGCCGUGCUUUACCUCAGUCAUCACAUCAGGCCAUGCCACUGACAGUGGCCUGAAAGUAUUACGUAUUUUCUUGAACUGGAUAAUCUUUGUCAACUAGUCACUUUUCCAACUAAUCAUUUCAACUGGUCACAGAUUACAUUAAGUGUAUUGAAUGUAUAAACAUAGCAUCAGAAAAAUGUAAUAUCCAAUACAUAGGAAAUGGUCCAAUGUUCUCCUAAUAGUGCUACAUAAGGGAAAACCUCUGUUCUGUCCCUCUGCACCUGUUUCGAGAAAACAUCAGCACACAGAGAGUAAAGGAAUGAGCCCUGGCUAAGACCUCUUUAGACAAGAUAAUGCCCCCCUAAUUCCACCUCGGUGUUGCUGAAUAGCCACCUCUCCCGUGCCAGUGGAAUUGUUGCUACACCCAGGCUUACUCUCCCAGAACCCAAUAGCAACAAUGGGGGCUAGCAAAAAACACUUGGUGCUGGCUUUGGGCUCUUCUGACUCUCUUGUGCCUCACUACGCGGUGUUAAGCAGGGUGCGGCCCUCUGGCUGUCAUAUGGCCCUCUGGACCAGAACACCAGGAUUAAAUCAGGACAAAGAACAGUAUACGUGCACACACACACACACACACACACACACACACACACACACACACACACACACACACAAGCACACACACCUGACCAGGUUCCAUCAGGCAACAGGGAUGUUGGCAAAAGACACGGCCAGGCAGAGCAGACAUAGUGGACAAUCAGCUUAGUCCACUGGCUUGAUGUGACUGCUUAGCCGGCUGUCUUUGUCUAUACUCACUACUCUGUGAUGGUCAGAGUGCUAGGAAGCCUUUACAUCUCAGUGAUAAUUAUUGGUAAUUUACAAAUCAAAAGAAAAUGUUGUGAUUUAAAUAGAUCUGGUAUGUGCUAUUAUUUUACACAGACCCCGUUGUCACUAUUAUGAGCAGUUACGAUUAAUCUGAAUUUUAGGGAAUGUUUCAACAACAAUGAGGUGUGGAUCAUUAGCACCUGCGUACCACACACAGUUGUUGACACAAGGUUAUUCAAAACAUGGCUGGUUAGUGAGUGUGUGUGUGUGCAUGUGGGUAUGUGUGUCCGUGCAUGACUGUGCAUAUGUGUGUGUGUGUAUGUGUAUAUAUACAGUACCAGUCAAAAGUUUGGACACACCUACUCAUUAAAGGGUUUUUCUUUAUUUUUACAAUUUUCUACAUUGUAGAAUAAUAGUGAAGACAUCAAAACUAUGAAAUAACACAUAUGGAAUCAUGUAGCAACCAAAAAAGUGUUUGUCACGACUUCCUCCGAAGCUGCCUCGGCGUUCGUCAUCACCGGCCUUCUAGCCACUGCCGCUCCUCAUCAUUCCAUUUGUUUUGUCUUGUUUUUUACACACACCUGGUUCAUAUCCCCUCAUCAGUCCCUGUAUAAGUAUUCCCUCUGCCCCCCAUGUCUUUGUGUGUGAUUGUUUCCAUGUGGAGUUGUCGCUAGCUCGGUUGAGCAUUCAUGUUACUUUUGUCGCCGUGAAAUUCACCCGUGUGUUUUGUUUCCCCAGUGCACAUUGAAGUCGCACUGUAUUUGGUUUUUCCAUUGCUGCAAACUGCUGUAUUGGAUGAAUAAACCAUAUUCUGUGAUUCACACCUCCUGCGCCUGACUCCGUCCUCAUCACCCGCUACAGAAUCACACACCCAACAGCAUGGAGAGGGGAAUAUGCCUGGAGCCGUUGAGCGGGUCCCGGAGCAUUCCAACAUGUUAGCCAGCUUGGGCGAAGCGAUGGAUCGGGUUCUCCAGGUCGUCCAGCGCCUGGAGAGGAGAGGACCCGACCCUGCGGAACCAGCUGAGCGACCGGAUCCAGCCACCCACACCCCAGCCCCCAGAGGUAUUCACCUGUCUCGACCGAGGAAAUACGACGGGACAGCGGCCCGCUGCCAGGGUUUCUUCCUGCAGCUGGACCUCUAUUUCACCACCAUCAUCCCCGCUCCAUCGGAUCGGGAGAAGGUGUCCGCCCUCGUCUCCUGCCUCUCGGGGAAAGCCCUGGAGUGGGCCAACGCGGUCUGGAGUGAAGGAGGAGACGCGUUGGACAACUACGGAGAGUUCGUCUGGUCCAUCUGAGGCAGGGGACGAGGACCGCGCAAGACUUUGCCCUGGAGUUUAAAACUCUAGCGGCUGGGUCCGGGUGGAACUAGCGGUCCCUCAUCGACCACUUCCGAUGCAGCCUGCGUGAGGACGUCCGAAGGGAACUAGCCUGCCGGGAUACCACGUUGACCUUCAACCAACUGGUGGACAUGGCCAUCCAGUUGGACAACCUGCUGGCUUCGAGAGGACGUCCUGCCCGUUUCACCCCCCUUCAACCCGGAUCAAGUUCUGACGGAGCUGGGUGGUGCAGCGAUCCGGGAGAACGGAGGACGUUGCUGCACAAUGUCGUCAGAGUUCUUCUGGUUCUGUAGGCGGCAGGCAGGGCACUCUCGCGUCACCCCAGGUAGCGCUAACCCACACUCGUUCAGAGCCCUCUGCUGCGCAUUUCACCAUCCACGUCAACUUCCCUGAUUACACGGUAGUUCUCAGUGUAAGACGCUGGUAGAUUCAGGCGCAGCUGGGAACUUUAUGGACAGGUCUUUAGCUCUUAGUCUACGUAUUGCAUUGGUUCCCCUGUCCAUUCCAUUGCCCAUCAAAGCACUUGACAGUCAACCAUUAGGGUCAGGUUUUGUUAGGGAGGUUACAGCACCAGUCACUAUGAUUACGCAGGAGACCCAUAGGGAGCUAAUCACCUUUCAUAUUAUUGAGUCCCCUGAUUUUUCUGUUGUGUUGGGCCUUCCCUGGUUAGCACUACACGGCGAAACACCCUUUCCUCGUCUGGACUGACCGCCGUAACCUGGAUUACAUCCGGGCAGCGAGGAGGCUGAACCCUCGCCAGGCCAGGUGGGCCUUGUUCUUCACCCGGUUUGAUUUCAUGCUGUCCUAUAUACCAGGCACAAAGAAUGUGAAGGCAGACGCACUGUCACGGCUUUACGACACAGAGGAGAGGCCCAUAGACAACACCCCCGGCCUCCUGCAUUGUGGCGCCGGUGGUGUGGGCGGUGGACGCGGACAUAGAGCGGGCGUUACGCACAGAGCCAUCUCCACCUCAGUGCCCAGCUGGGCUGCGGUACGUGCCGUCUAUUGUCUGUGAUCGUCUUAUCUAUUGGGCACACACGUCCCCCUUCUCUGGUCACCCAGGCAUCGGCCGUACAGUGCGCUGCCUGACCGGGAAGUACUGGUGGCCUACCUUGGCUAAGGACAUGAGGGUGUAUGUCUCCGCCUGCUCGGUGUGCGCCCAGAGUAAGGCACCUAGGCACCUUCCAGCGGGUAAGUUACAUCCCUUACCAGUUCCACAACGGCCAUGGUCCCACUUAUCGAUUGACUUUCUAACUGAUCUUCCCCUCUCUCAGGGUAACACCACUGUCCUGGUCGUUGUGGACCGCUUCUCUAAAGCCUGCCGCCUCCUUCCUCUGCCCGGUCUCCCCACGGCCCUGCAAACUGUGGAAGCCCUGUUUACUCAUGUCUUCCGGCACUACAGGAUGCCAGAGGACAUAGUGUCUGACCGGGGUCCCCAGUUUACGUCUAGGGUCUGGAAGGCGUUCAUGGAACGUCUGGGGGUCUCGGUCAGCCAGACAUCUGGGUUUCACCCCGAAUCUAAUGGGCAGGUGGAACGGGUGAAUCAGGAUGUGGGUAGGUUCCUGCAGUCCUACUGCCAGGACGGCCGGGGGAGUGGUCGUUGUUCUUGCCAUGGGCCGAAUAUGCCCAGAACUCUCUACGUCACUCCUCCACUAACCUAUCACCAUUUCAAUGUGUUUUAGGGUAUCAGCCGGUCCUAGCUCCCUGGCAUCAGAGCCAGACCGAGGCUCCUGCGGUGGACGACUGGUUUCGGCGCGCGAAGGAGACAUGGAACGCCGCCCACGUCCACCUACAGCACGCCGUGCGUAGCCAGAAAGCCAAUGCUGACUGCCACCGCAGGCCCCGGUCUUUGUACCGGGUGAUCGGGUCUGGCUCUCGACCCGGAACCUGCCCCUCCGCCUGCCCUGCCGGAAGCUGAACCCGCGGUUUGUGGGGCCGUUCAAAGUCCAGAGGAGAGUUAACGAGGUUACGUAUAGGUUGCUGCUCCCUCCUGAUUACCGUAUUAACCCCUCGUUUCACGUAUCUCUCCUCAGGCCGGUUGUGGCUGGUCCACUCCAGGAGUCUGAGGUGUGAGAGAUCCCUCCGCCCCAUCUGGACAUCGAGGGGGCCCCGGCGUACUCUGUCCGUUCCAUCCUGGAUUCGAGGCGUCGGGUGGGGGGCCUUCAGUACCUCAUGGAGUGGGAGGGGUACGUUCCGGAGGAGCAGUGCUGGGUCCCGGUGAAGGAUGUCCUCGAUCCCUCCCUGUUGCGGGAUUUCCACCGUCGCCUUCCGGCUCGCCCUGCUCCGCGUCCUCCGAGGCCGUUGUCGGCGCGCUGCUGGAGCUGCGCGUCAAGAGGGGGGGGUACUGUCACGACUUCCUCCGAAGCUGCCUCCUCUCCUUGUUCGGGCAGGCUUCGGCGUUCGUCGCCACCGGCGAACGCAGACAAAUAAACCAUAUUCUGUGAUUCACACCUCCUGCACCUGACUCCGUCAUCACCCGCUACAGUGUUAAACAAAUCUAAAUAUAUUUGAUAUUUGAUAUUCUUCAAAGUAGCCACCCUUUGCCUUGAUGACAGCUUUGCACACUCUCAACCAGCUUCACCUGGAAUGGUUUUCCGACAGUCUUGAAGGAGUUCCCACAUAUGCUGAGCACUUGUUGGCUGCUCUUCCUUCACUCUGCGGUCCAACUCAUCCCAAACCAUCUCAAUUGGGUUGAGGUCUGGUGAUUGUGGAGGCCAGGUCAUCUGAUGCAGCACUCCAUCACUCUGCUUCUUGGUCAAAUAGCCCUUACACAGCUAGGAGGUGUGUUGGGUCAUUGUCCUGUUGAAAAACAAAUGAUAGUCCCACUAAGCGCAAGCCGGAUAGGAUGGCGUAUCGCUGCAGAAUGCUGUGGUAGCCAUGCUGGUUAAGUGUGCCUUGAAUUCUAAAUAAAUCACUGACAGUGUCACCAGCAAAGCACCCCCACAUCAUCACACCUCCUCCUCCAUGCUUCACGGUGGGAACCACACAUGCGGAGAUCAUCUGUUCACCUACUCUGCAUCUCACAAUGACAUGCCGGUUGGAACCAUAAAUCGGACAUUUGGACUCAUCAGACCAAAGGACAGAUUUCCAUCGGUCUAAUGUCCAUUGCUCGUGUUUCUUGGCCCAAGCAGGUCUCUUCUUCUUAUUGGUGUCCUUUACUAGUGGUUUAUUUGCAGCAAUUCGACCAUGAAGGCCUGAUUUGCGCAGUCUCCUCUGAAAAGUUGAUGUUGAGAUGUGUCUGUUACUUGAACUCUGUAAAGCAUUUAUUUGGGCUGCAAUUUCUGAGGCUGGUAAAUCUAAUGAACAUAUCCUCUGCAUCAGAGGUAACUCUGGGUCUUCCAUUCCUGUGGCGGUCCUCAUGAGAGCUAGUUUCAUCAUAGCGCUUGAUGGUUUUUGCGACUGCACUUGAAGAAACUUUCAAAGUUCUUGAAAUGUUCUGGAUUGACUGACCUUCAUGUCUUAAAGUAAUGAUGGACUGUCGUUUCUCUUUGCUUAUUUGAGCUGUUCUUGUCACAAUAUGGACUUGGUCUUUUACCAAAUAGGGCUAUCUUCUGUAUACCAACCCUACCUUGUCACAACACAACCGAUUGGCUCAAACGCAUUAAGAAGGAAAUAAAUUCCACAAAUUAACUUUUGACAAGGUUCAUUGAAAUGCAUUCCAGGUGACUACCUCAUGAAGCUGGUUAAGAGAAUGCCAAGAGUGUUUAACACUACCCGCAAAACACCAGUCUCAACGUCAACAGUGAAGAGGCGACUCCGGGAUGCUGACCUUCUAGACAGAGUUGCAAAGAAAAAGCCAUAUCUCAGACUGCCCAUCUUUUAUUUGUAUUGGCGAGUCUAAGAUAUGGCUUUUUCUUUGCAACUCUGCCUAGAAGGUCAGCAUCCCGGAGUCGCCUCUUCACUGUUGACGUUGAGACUGGUGUUUUGCGGGUACUAUUUAAUGAAGCUGCCAGUUGAGGACCUGUGAGGCGUCUGUUUCUCAAACUAGACACUAAUGUAUUUGUCCUCUUGCUCAGUUGUGCACCGGGGACUCCCACUCCUCUUUCUAUUCUGGUUAGAGCCAGUUUGCACUGUUCUGUGAAGGGAGUAGUACACAGCGUUGUACGAGAUCUUCAGUUUCUUGGCAAUUUCUCGCAUGGAAUAGCCUUCAUUUCUCAGAACAAGAAUAAACUGACGAGUUUCAGAAGAAAGUUAUUUGUUUCUGGCCAUUUUGAGCCUGUAAUCGAACCUACAAUUGCUGAUGCUCCAGAUACUCAACUAGUCUCAAGAAGGGCGGUUUUAUUGCUUCUUUAAUCAGAACAACAGUUUUCAGCUGUGCUAACAUAAUUGCAAAAGGGUUUUCUAAUGAUCAAUUAGCCUUUUAAAACGAUAAACUUGGAUUAGAAAACACAACGUGCCAUUGGAAAACAGGACUGAUGUUUGCUGAUAAUGGGCCUCUGUACGCCUAUGUAAAUAUUCCAUUAAAAAUCAGCUGUUUCCAGCUACAAUAGCCAUUUACAACAUUAACAAUGUCUACACUGUAUUUCUGAUCAAUUUGAUGUUAUUUUAAUGGACAAAAAAAGUGUUUUUCUUUCAAAAACAAGGACAUUUCUAAGUGACCCCAAACUUUUGAACUGUAGUAUAUAUAUAUAUAUAUAUGUGUGUGUGUGUGUGUGUGUGUGUGUGUGUGUGUGUGUGUGUGUGUGUGUGUUAGUGUUAGCUCAGUCAGCAGUGGACCCAGGGUUCUCUGUGCAUUCCUGUGGGUCGUGCCAGAGGGUCGGACCAAACAAAGCAGCACUCUCUCUCAGCCCUGUCCGUCUGACUGCGUGCCUACCUGCCUGCUGACCUGCCUGCACAUUUUAGGUUAAAGGCAGCUAAUUGGUUUCCAGCUCAGGGUUAAGUCAACACGCUGUCUUGUUUUAAACAGUGUGGAAACUUGAGAGAAGCAACAAUAUGGCACUGUUUGCUCACCCCUGCCUCCCAGAGCCAGUUAGAAUAAUACCAGAGCUUUGCCUGGUUAUCGUUCCCAUAGAGUUGUAAAACUUCAUAUGCUCUGAAAGCCAAACACGCAGUCGUUUACACACCUCACACUCCACUGAUCUCCAAGCAGAAUCAUUCAUCCUGCGUCACACAGAGGGGUCCUGUUGGAGCUCAAAGCAAGGCAAAUAAAUGUGAGAGAUCCUUCAGCAGUUUGCACUCAUCCCUAGACCCCCGUGUGAUUUACACAACGCCAUUUGCAGACAUUAGAACUUGGGUCUUGGAUGAAAUAGCUCAUAUCACUGAAACUAUAACUGACCGCUAGAUUUAUGUGGCAAUAUCUAAAGGAUACUUUGUGGUAAUGGCAGGGGGUAGGAGAACUCCCUUUUCUUUGACCCAUUGGUUUUAUAUUGCCUUUCUUUGCUCUGUAGCGUGAGAGUACAUUAUUUUUCUGCAAUAUUCAAUUUUUUGAAAGACUACAUAAAAACCUAACUUUUUCGCUUUUAUGUUUUUUAGAUACUAGAGUAAUGCAUCGUCUUCCACAGUCCUACGAUCAGAUUUAUUCAGAUUUCUCACUGGGCACAGGGGUCAGUUCAACGUCUAGUUUGGAUUUACAUUUGGUUGAGUUCAAUGUGAAAUCAACAAAAAAUGUCACCAUUUAAUUGGAUUUAGGUGAAAAGUUGGGUGAAAAUGAAACGGGUCGGCUUGCUAUGAAACAAUCUUCAUACUCCCUGCAUGGGUGUGUGUGUGAGUGACAGAGGCUAACCCUCCGUCAAUGACUGUUGUGUUUUUCAGAUGACACUGCAGCGACCCAGACCGACGCUCCACCUGCCGUAUUGGAACCCAAUGCUGAGCUAACCCAGCCUGACCCUACAGGAGAGCCCUGGGGUGAGCAGCACACUGCUUCACUUCACUACAUUAGAAUACUCCUACACGUUGUCAUCUGAAUGCUAUUGACAUCUGUGUUACCUAACCUCCAUGAUGUAUUAUCUCUGCAGUGAAGCCUCGGUUCAGCCAGCCCACUAAGAUGCGAAGGCGGGUGCUGUACAAGCCGGUGGGCAGCUCGGUGAGGCUCAAGUGCCAGGCCACGGGCACCCCUCCCCCCGUCUUUACCUGGUGGAAAGACCAGACCCCUCUGCCACCCCCGCGCCAGGGUAAGCGCCCGCAGUGGACCCUCACCCUGAAGAACCUGCAGCCCCAUGACAGUGCCAAGUACACCUGCCACGUCUCUAACCCAGCAGGGCACAUCAAUGCCACCUACAAGCUGGAUGUCAUCGGUAACACCACCAACACCACGACAAAUAAUUGUUCCUUUUCCUCCAUUACACUCCAAUUUCAUUUAUACUCAGACCUCCCAUAUGUCGCCAUAUUAAUUGUGUGAAGUGUAUUGUCAUUAUGAUUCACAUGCUUAUGAACUCCUGUCCUUCUCCCUACAGAGCGCUCUCACUGCAAGCCUGUUCUGACCGGCACCCACCCGGUCAACACCACCGUGGAGUAUGGCGGCACCGCCUCCUUCCAGUGUAAGGUCCACAGUGACGUGAAGCCUGUGGUCCAGUGGCUGAAAAGGGUGGACCCAGGCACACAGGACCGCUAUAACUCCACCCUGGAGGUCGGAGGGCAGCAUUUUGUGGUUCUGCCAACAGGGGAUGUGUGGUCCCGGCCUGACGGCUCCUACCUCAACAAGUUGGCUAUCGUCAAGGCCCGCGAUGAGGAUGCUGGCAUGUACAUCUGCCUGGGAGCCAACACUAUGGGCUACAGCUUUCGCAGUGCUUACCUUACUGUGCUGCCAGGUGAGUACAGCCAUUCACUCUGAACUGUAGAAUGGGACUUUACUAGGAUGGGAUGGAGGGAUGGAGGCUUACAUCUGUAGAGCUGUCUCUCAUAUCACUGUGAUUUGUCUCUCUGUCCAGACCCUCAGGUGGAGAAUACAGUGACUCCUCCCCACCUAAGCUCCGGCCUGCCAUGGCCUCUGAUCAUCGGUAUCCCCGCAGCAGCCCUCCUCAUCGUAGGCACCAUCGUACUCUGGCUGUGCCACAGCCGCCGACGCCACAACACCCUGCCCCCCCGGCCCAUACCUGUGGCCCACAGAGAAAACCACAUCUCGGACAAAGAGCCCAGCACCACCACCCCCUGUAGUACCCUGACUAGCCCUGACUACCCCAGCCAGAGACUGGUGGGCCUGGGAACCCCCGGCCUCAGUGGGCCCCCUAAGAUCUACUCCAAGGUUUACACAGACAUGCACACGCACUCACACACACACGCCCAUGUGGAUGGUAAGGUCCAUCAACACCAGCACUUCCACUACCAGUGCUAACCAGCCCCCUCAUCCCACCCCACACCUACGGCCUUGUCUCCUAGCCACUGCUGCUAUUCUGACCCAACAAUGGACUAUGAGCAAGGAACAAUGAGCCAGGUAGAUGGAACCAAGGAAAGGCUUGGUUGAACUACACCUUCCAUGAUAAGCAGUGUUAACACAAGCCCUACCAGGUUGGAUCCUGGGAUAGGCAUGGACAAAUGUUACUAAGCUGCCUGCUAGGAGGAAUUCCGCUUCAUUGAGAUGUCUCAGGGCAGGGAAACCCUCUCAUGUGUGCUAUCGAAUAAUUUAUAUGUUUUUUUAAUACCAGUCAACUCUAAUUGUAUUUUAAAGGAUGGAAAGGAAUGGACAAAUGGAAGAAUGUCUAUAUAAACAAAGAAAUGCAGUGCA